AUGGCGGAAAACACUGAGGGAGAAAUUCUUGAGAAUUUGAAGAAGGGCAUGGUGGACAACACUGAGGGAGAAGUUCUUGAGAAUUUGAAGAAGGUCAACGAAAGUUUGUGUAGAGUAGUACACAUGCUGCAGGGUCCUUAUAGCGGAGAAACUUCUGAUGCUACCAAAUCAAUUCCAUCAACAUCGUUGCCUCGCUCGUCUGGUUCAAACACAAGUAGCAUCUUUGCAGAGCACCAAAGAUUGUUUGGCAACGCGGCUGUACGCACAAACCCCAGAGUAAAUCAGAUCGCUGCAGCACUGCGGUUCAGGCCACUGUCGUCAGGAACAGCACUCUCGACAGCAACUACAGGAAAGAAACGAGCGAAGAAAACCGCGGGUGGAUUUGGUUUCCGAACAAAGCGAAACCAAUGGACUCACAAGUUUUGUUGUUUGGCUGAAAAAGAUGCUUGCAGGAUACCAUCUGUGGAAGAUAAGCUUAAGCUAAGAGCUGCAGGACUGGGAGAGAGGGAAAUCACGUUGGACAGAGGCUGGUCUGCGAGUCUCUUGCAUGAGAAGUUAUCAGAAACAUAUCCUAAGCUUCGUGAUGGAGGAGGAUAUGAAUUUUUGAGAACUGAUGGAAGGUCAACCACAAGGCUGGUACUAAUACCCGGUUCAAAGACAGAGGGUUAUAGUGUUCAGUACUUGAAGGACAAUUUGAAUCAAGCAACAGCGUAUAUCCGUCCACUGCAGAACGACCUGUCAUUAGGGACCUUAAGUGUCACUGUCACUAAGGACCAGGCAGGGUCCGCGGAUCGAGGUCGGCCGAUUACUUCCAAAUUUUCAGCAUUUUUUCUCUAUCAGAUAAGAUUACGAUCGGUGGUAUUUUUAGUAAAAUAAAAUUAAUUUCUUAGAAUUUUGACCACCCCCCUAGUUUUUGGUGCUAUUUUGCCCACGUGAGACGGAAAAUUUGGGUAAACUUCCACGACGCAUUUUACUUACUUGGCAUUAGCCUUAUUCAUUUAUACGAACUGUACAUACUUUCCAGCCUAUAACCAGCUCAUGUCUCCAAUAUAAACGAAUUUUGUUAAAAAUAACUUACUUUGGAGCGGUUCCAAAUAUCAUCACUUCGUGGCUAUCGCAAGUAAGAAGAAUUUUGGCAAUUUUCCAAUCUGGUUUUCUCUAAAGUGCGGCAGUUUAUAUCCAGAUCAAAACUAUUUUUUAUUAGUCUGUCAUAAAGUCUUUACAAAUACGCAAACUCUUAUUUGGCAAGUUAAAAUCUCGUCGCGUGAGCUUUCUCACAACUUUAACCUAAUUUCCUACUUUGCAUAGUUGUAGUUUUUCCGGGAAAAAUUUCACGCUUGAUUUGCGACUUGUUGCAGGCGUUUAUUGGCUUCUUUACUAUCACUAAGAGAAAAACAUUACUUUUUCAGGUAAGUGGCCAUAGUUCAUCGGCCUAUUUUGUCAUUUGGUAGGUCAAAAUCCCCUCCCGUAAGCUUUCUUCAAAUUUAACUAAUUUGCAUGUUGUCGAAUUUCCCCGGGAAAACUUCACCUGUCUGUUGAUAUUAUAUACAAGCGAUGAUAACCCUGCACGUAAUUAAUUAUUAAUUUUUAUGAGGUUCUUGUUUUUGAAACUAAUUGUUGUUUCGAUCUUGCAGACGUUGACAGUCCACAAAUUUGGGGCGAACAUAACAAUUCUGUCAUUUCACUAAACAUGGACAUGCAAAUUAAUAUGCCAGACAGGCUCAAGAUUGUGUUUUGUAAAGUAGUGAAUAGUUUUGGAGACUAACAGAGUUAAUGUUUUCUCCACGUGUGAUGGAAGGCAAACAGGCUGCCGAAAUGACAGUCAAUUCGUGGCAGAGGAAAUGCAAUUCGAACAGAUGCGCAAAUUAGUGAGUCGAAACUUAAUGCAUUAUAACGUAACAGAUUUGACACAACGUUACUAAAGUUGAUCAAUCCGUGUGCAUUGCUGCUGAAAUCUUCCGGCACUGCUCUUUUGUCUAGGAAGAAAACCGAAUUGGUUUCAUCCAUGAUAGCAUUCAAGCAUAGCGACGGACAGCUGGUGUUUAGCAGUAUGUAAAAAUCCUUGCAGUUUUUUGUUUUACUGUGUUUACCAUAGCAUUCAUUCAGUUUGCAGUCUUAUAUUGCUCACGAUUUUUUAAUUUACAAGUAUUUAUAAACCCUGUUAUCGAAGGGUCUCCCUGUACCUAUCUAAAAGGCCCCAAUGGAGAAGAUUGGGGUAGAAGCAUAGAGAUCCUCCCUACUAAAACCAUGUAACGUUAUUUUUGAAAACACGUGCAACUCUCAGAGAAUUUUUGAAUGGCCUCAAAGAAAGUUUUUUUUCUUGACAGUGGUCCGCUUGUCGUCAGGUGUAGCUGAUUGCAGAUUUCUUUCAGAGCUGCCAGUUUGAGUGAGUCAAGCUUCUUGUUUUUUACAAGUUCGCAGAUAUUGCUAAUGCCCACGAUGAUUGGAUGGCUUGGUUUGCCCAUAUCAUCCAUCACCAAACUUCUAAGGGUGUCAAACGCUAUUUCCGACUCGGCAGCCUCGAUGUCUUCCUCCGAGAUUUCCUCCGCAUCAAUACCCCUAUGACGCAGCGCCGCUGUCUGACGUGAAAACAGGCUACUGAUCUGCUGCGCAGUCCUCCACUCUUCAGGCUUAAACGUGGGCUCUCCGUCCUCAUUUCUGAGGGUCUUCAUCUCCCUCGCUACCCGUACAGGAUCGGCCUUGUUUCCAGUUCUUGUACCCUCUUCGAAUUUCUUCAUCAAGAAGAAAUCAUAUCGUACUGGCCUGACACCGGUUCUCACCCCUACUUCUCUAAGACUUAACAAGAGAGGCCCAUUGUGGUAACAUCCAGCGUUAUCCGAUCGGAGGUAGGCUGUUGUCACCCCUGGAUACUCCAGUUUGACUUUUUGCAGCAAGUCCUCUAUUAUUGAAAGAACUGCAAAGCUAUUUUGGGUGCAGUUGUUGAAAAUGUGUACAAAACACUCGACUUCAUGCUUGCUCUCCACUGUUGCUCUAGUGAUUACUGCACUGAUAUGCCAGCUUCUUCCUCUCUUGCCAAAAAAAUCACUCAUGUGUUCUCUGUAUUGCACAGGCAGAAACUUCAUUGCCCAGUCCAUUACGACAAGACACGAGUUGUCGUCUAGCUUCUCGAGAAUAUCCUGCUUGGCUUCGUCCUGGUUACUUGACCGUAGCAAGUGAUUCUUCCACGCUUGUAUGUUGCGCACACUCUCAGUGUACUCAAACCUCCACCUAACCCUCUCCUCUUCCGUCAUGUCCGCUUUGUCUUGCAUCUCUGCCACCUGUUUCAGUACUCCUUCUAGACUCUCACAGCGCUCACAUUCGUAGCAAUGUUCAUGAUCACAUUCGCCCCUGAACUCCCAUGCACUACUGUCACUUAGUGCGUGGACCGUGCAGUGAUCACUGCAAUGUUCUCCUCGUCCGAUGUGUGUCUUGAAAUCAUUCUUUAAGUACCUUUUUGCAUCCUUUAGAAAUUUCUGAGUGGCAGUAACGUUGAUGCCCUGAUCUGCUAAGGCCUCCAACAUAGAAAAGAGUUGAUCAAAAGCCUCUGUACCCUCUGCAGUGGUGUUGUCAAGUCCCUGAAGGGAUUUCUGCAUAGAGGCCGAACACACUUCAAUCAUUCGGUAGAGAGAACGCUGGCUCGCCGGCUCGAACUCUUGUUCUUUACAAUAGUCUAAAUAUUGUCUGAUGAUGCGUGAAGGAAUGACGGUCCUAAUGACUGCUGGUAUGACAAUUUUCUCCCCCGAGUCAAGCUUGAGAGUCUUUGUCCCGAACGCCACGUCUUGGACAAAUUCUGGUCUGGAGAUAUAUUCAAUGAAAUGAUCCACCUUUUCAUGCUCAAUUCUUGUACGGAAACUAGGAAUUUCAGGGAGAGGCUGGCCUUUCCCUGCUUCUGUUGCAUGUUGGCGAGCUUGGUCGAUGCGCCAUUUGGAAAGCCCAGGGAUCAUCUCUUGAAGCUCAGCUCUUGAAAAGUCGUCUGCAAAGAGGGAAAGGAUCUGUCGCUUUGUUUGCCAAUGACCUGCUUGCUCAUAGGCAUUGACUAAAAUGUCGACAAGACCAGAGUUGGGAUCAAAACGCUUGCGCUUUCCUUGGUUGUCUCUGUUUGGAUCCAAAAGUACCUCCGUUUGUAACGCCUUCAAAACCAGUUCCUCUUGACCGGGAGUGAUGACAGACAAUGAAGUCACUAUAGUCUCCUUAGCUUUGCGGAUGUAAUAUCGCUGCUGGGUGUCGGAGACGUCGUCCCAGGUCGUGUUCAGGCUGGACAUUACGGGGCUGUAGCGGCCACCUGAGAUGCUGUGGACAGCUUCGUUUAAUUUCUGCCGUUUGCUGUUUUGUUCCUCCAUCUCGUCAACCCAUAAACUAAUCUCUUCGUCUGGUAUCGAGGCUUGGGACGAAUGGGACUGCAAAGAGACUGUUUCUAACCCCUCACCAGUGCUUGAGACCGCUGCACACACCGUGGCUGGCAAUGUGCUCUCCUCACAAACAGUAAUGACAGAGACAGUGGCAGAAUCAGACUCCUCGAUCUCGUCUCCAAUCACCAAGGUGUCUGAGUAAGGAUCCUGAAGCGUAAUAAAAUAGAUUAGCAAAUUAUGGACAAGAUCGUCAACAAUUCCACAAAGAUCUCCAAUACAUGUAACUGUGGAAACUCUAUAUGUGUUUCCUAGCCGCUGCCAAAGGGUGCCCUCGCAUCUUUGUUGUUGCUGGUCUCUUCAAGCACUGGUCAAGACCAAUUUGUCAUUCAGAAAACAUUCAGAUGUAGUCGAGUAAUUGUUCUCGACGCGCGAUCUGAAAACUCUAGACAUGGCUAUCAUUAUAACUAGGUCCCAAGCCUCUUGGAAAUCGACCACACCUUAACGAUUCCAAAUGGCUACCCAUUGAAGAAAAGACAGGAAAACCAACAAAGGUACGUGUUAUUCAUGUUGUCAGUUGUUAUAGAUAUCAGUGCACCUGUUGGCGGUAUCAAAACAUCCUCUGAUUAUAUGGUCAGUUACACUAUGCUUAGUUACACUAAGCUGUGAAUGGCCAAUGUGUACUAGCUUACCUGCUCUCCAGACAUGAAACCGUGAGCCUUACGGGAUUUGUAGUGUGCUCCACGGCAGCUGGAACACACAGCUGUCAUAAAAAAUGAUAAUGAUAAAUAGAUUAACAAUACUGACAACAAUAACCAACACGAUCACCAUCAACGUGAUUGACCCUUUAUACCGUCACCAUCGUCUUUAUGGUUAUCGUUAUCAUACCCAUCAUCAAUAUACAGUCAAGGGACAUAUAUAUUCGUCACUUUCAAUAUGGCGGCGUUUACGCGCGCUGUUUUAACUUCGUUUACGGUAAAUUUAAGUUUAAAAUCACCUUAGUAUUUGGUAAGAUGACCCGUCAUUUUGAUAACAUUGUCUAGGCGAUCAGGAAUGGGCUGGUAAAGCUUUCAUAUUCAAUCUAAUUGGAUCUUCCGCUACACACUCUCAGUUUCACGAAGAAGGUCAUUCUUGGUAGCGAUAUUUUCAGUGGACUUUUGUAACUCUCUCUUGAUGUAAAGCCAAAUGUUUUCUAUUAUAUUUAAAUCUGGAGACUGUGCUGGCCAUUCCAUUAAGGGUACUUUGCUUUAUCUUUAUAAUUAUUUACAUUGUGUGCUCCGCUGUGGACUGGCGUAUUGCCAUCCAUGAACAUGUAGUCUUUGUCUUCUAAGUACUAAACAACUACUGGCCAUACAUUAUUUUCUAGGAUGUCAAUGUACUUGGCAGAGUUGCUGUUGCCUUCAACUGAAGUCACACUUCCAACACCAUCAUAUCAAAAACAUCCCCAGAUCAUCAAAUUUAUCUUUUGUUCCACCUGUGAUAGUCGUUCUUAGAAUGCUCAACAGUCUUGACAGUUCAGCUUUGUUUUUCACGGAUUCUGACAAAGUAACAAUUAAUUCUUUUGUCUCUGCAGACAGUUAAGCACUUUGUCGACUCACGAGUGCUGAAUAUUGUUUAUCAAAAGCAAAACAAAAUAACUGUGAUCUUUUUUUGCGACCACCCGUUGCAGUUACUGUUAAAUAACUGACUGAACGAUGUGUCAAAACACAAACAGCUUUUGUUCGUUUCCUUUUGGGAAGUUUGAAAUUUUUUUCUUGCUCUUAGUCGGAUGUUUGUUUGUUUUUAUUUUUACAUAAUUUUCCCGCCUUUAUUGACCGAUGUCGCGCUCCGCAUCUAGUUUUCCCCCGCGUAGUGUGCACAACGCGGGUAAGAAUUUCGCGCGUUAUUUUUGAAUUACAAAAACAAUUACAAUCACCUAUGAUCAACAUUUCCUUAAGAACAGGCUUCUUUCCCAGGCCAAGUCCCAACUUAGAUGUAAGGAAAUGAUGCUCUAUUUCAUUUUGUCCCAAAUCUUUCAGGGUGAUAUUCCGAUGGAGGAAUGCAAAAGAUGUGGUUUCUACUUUUCAAUGAAUGACUUAAAGGAACAUAUUUUCAGCUGCAAUCAAGGGUAAGUGAUUUCUCUGGUGAUGUUUGUUUAAAUCUAAAUCUAAAUCUAAAUCUAAAUCGAAUACAGUGCAAAACCUCCCACAUGGGAUAUAUGUGCACAGUUUGAUCCCAUUUACAAAAACAAUGUGGAAUUUAUAACUAAUCAUCUGAAAAGCUUUUACUUUCUUGGUAAGAAAUAUCUGAUUCUUAAUGACAUAUUGUGUACUGUCUGGUUUAUUUGCUGAAUCUUAAAAAUUCCAGAAGUUGCAAAUUUGAUCUUAUUUGCCAUUCCAACCUAGCACAAUGAUAUGUUAACUCAUGAUCAAAUGCCUUUACUGUGUGAUAAAUACACUGUAUGACAAAUCAUAUGUAGAUAAGCCACCUUCAAUUCACAAAAAAUAAGGUCAGGAUUUAAUAGCAUACAGCAGCUACAUGUAUAACCAAAGGUUAAAAAAAACAGUUCUGAUUACUUUAUUUUUGUCUGAAAAUGUUUCACCAUCCUAGUUACAACAAAAGGCAGGAGAUUGGAAAGGAUGUUGGUGGACCUAGCAAACGCAACCAUGAAUUAUCUACUUCAUCCUCUACUAACACUGCAGCAAACUGUAAGUACACUUUUCAUGUUCAGUCCUUUAAUUUGCUGUGGAAACAAGCAUCACCUAUUCUUGUACUACUAGUAUUUAUUAUGAUUCUUACAAGUUGCAUUUAGUUGGUUAUUUUUGUUACUUUUGUGUUUUAAUUAUUCCAGCCUUGGCUGCUCUGCAAGAUAUUUUUCCUGAAUGGGAUAUGACUACACUUGAGGGCAUUUUGCGGAGGUGUGGUGGGGUUGUAUCUGAUGCAGUUGACAUGGUAUUUGCUGAGUUCCCGCCCAUGAAUGUAUGCAGUAAUGUUUCUUCAACAGCUACAUGUGAGCCAGUUAACUAUAACUUGUGGUACUGUAAUAACCUGUAAAAAUCAAUUUAGAUACCAUACUAUUCUUGGGAAUAAGAAGUUACCUUUUAAAUAGCGGUGAACGGUUUUGUUAUCCAGUGUGACCCUUGUUUUACAAGAACUUGCAACAAUUGGCUGUGGUUUUUCUUAGAAUUGAAUGGCAAAAAAUUGGUUUCCUUCAAGUGUAACUGAUGGUUUGCAGUUUCUUUAUGAAAUCCUUGUCAGUUAAAUGAAAUGUAUUUUUCUGUUUCAUUCCAAGGCUUUACAACUCAAAAAGGUGAACAAGAUUUGAAAAGGGGAAUUACAACCUCGAGUUAAAUAAAUUAUUGUUGAUAGUUGUUGUGUCUCACACACCUUUCUCUCAGUUUUCACAUUCUUUUCCAAAUAGAUGGAUGGACAUUUUCGCCCGGUUAUAUAACUUUACCAAGGAAAGUUCUUAUGAAAUAUUUGGUCUGCCAAAAUGCCAUUUAAAUGUUAAUAUCAAUGAUUUUUAUAAUAGAUUAGGAAAAAUAGCACAUACACAUAUUGGGAUGUGAAUGUAAAUGUACAAACUAAAACAUAAAAGUUUCUCUGCUGGCUUUUUUUUUACUGGAUUUAUAAAUAUGUUUGAAUAUUAUAGUGAAAGUUUUUUUUUACUUCACUCUUGCAGAUGCAAAGGAAAAAAGCAUCACCACUAAUAACUUUGAGGGAGGAGGUAGAAUUGAUGACAGUAAGGUGAUGAAGAAUGUAAGUGCAUGCGACUUGCUGAGGCAGCUUAAGGAGAAGGUUCUUAAAGAUGGUAUUCAGCGGAUCACUGUUGCAAGAAACACUUUGUGGGAGGACACUGUUGCACUGUUUAAAAGCACAAGGUUUGAUCCCACUAAGUCUCCUAGGGUGAAGUUUGAGGAUGAAGAAGGAAUUGAUGCUGGUGGUCUACGGAGGGAGUACUUUACUCUUUUGAUGAAGGCAGUAACCAAUCAUCCAGCUUUACUAGAAGGCCAAGAAAACAAGAGAGCCAUUACAUACAACACAAGCGCCCUUCAAAGCAAUCUUUAUUUCAUUGCUGGUCGCAUGAUUGGUUGUGCGAUUAUGCAUUGUGACAUAGGUGUGCCUGUUUUCUCCAAGAGUAUGUAUUACUUCAUAUCACAUGAAACUGUAGACAUGACAGAAAUGCCUCACUGUGCAGAGGACAUCCCAGAUUGCUCUGUUGUGGAACUGAUACGCAAGGUAAGGCCACCCACCCUGAUGACGAUGUAGGUAUAUUUGUAGAUUUUGUGCACGAUAGAAGUUUUUAAGACAUCCAAGACAAGAUUGAUUCACCUAAAUUGUUCUAUAAACCACCAACUCUUGAUACAUGUGCAGCUGGUUCUUUUAAUAUGUAAAGUUUUUUGAACGGACAUCACAUGAUAUUGCAAGUUAUAUGAUCAACUGAUAUAUAUGUUUCAACUUUUUUUUUUCUUAAAAGGUUGAAAAUGCGGGAUGUCCACAGGACUUAGAAAACCUUCAGGAUGAUUUGUCCGAGCUAUUGCAAGCUGCAGGGUGGGAUAAGGUGCUUACCUAUGAGAACCGUGUGGCUGCUAUGCAGCUAGUAGCUGCCCAUGAAGCCUUCUACAAAAGAAAGCUUUCCAUUGACCAGUUCUGCAAUGGGUUGGAUGUUCUUGGCAUGUUAAAUCUUAUCAGAAGCCAUCCUGAAUCGAUGCAGCCAUAUUUUGUACACAACACAGACACCCUGUUGACGCCAGCACUUCUCUUUAACCAGUUCCACAACAUUGACAAGGUGGAGGAUGGAACAAGAGAAGUAAUGAGACAACACUUGAAGAGGUCCAUAUCUGAGUGCUUUGAUGGUAAGAGUUGUUACAGUAGUUAGUUUUAUGUUUUAAAUAGACUGUCUGCUAUCCCCUAUUUUCCAGCCUGGGUAGAGUCCAAAGUUUUUGUGGGGAGAGAGAGUGAGACAUUGUAUUAAGUCUUUUGGAAUCCCUGAAAGAUAUUAUCAAGGCCCUUCAGAAAAAAACAUGAAAACUAAUAGUGAAGUACAAUGUUUAACCCACAUCAAGCAUUCAGUGUUGAUUUCAAUGUAUUUAACACACAUUAGCACUUCAUGCGUAAGUGGUUGUCCAAUUUGAAGGUAAUUAAAAUAAGAUUCCUCUGACUGUAAGUUCGAUGAGUACUAUGACCUUGCACAAUAAUUAUGGCAUUCCUGGGAAUAUUAUUCAUCCAGGUAAUUCCAAGUUGGAGAGCACUUAGUCCUACUACACAUACUAAUGACUGUUUUUCUUUUCCAAUCCAGAGUUCGGGUCUUCAAAACUAGUUGAAUUUCUCAUGUUUGCAACAGGACUUGGCGCUCUACCUCCUUUGGGGCUGGAUGAGAAGAUCACUAUUUACUACAGAGAAGAUACCUGUCCUCAUUUCUUUGCAGAAACA